CUAAAUUUAUAGAAAUGUCGCAUAAACAAGAUGUUUUUUAAGUUGAGCAACUAGUAGCGUCAGUAGUUUGGUCACCAUGUGGUCCUUAUGACCUUAAAAAACGUAUUUAAUUUUGAUAAAACGAAAGGUUAUCACAUUUUGUUUCCUAAGGUCUUCGUUAAGAGUCACGAGAGUAAUUGUUAUAAGUUAGUCUAACAAACAGAUUAAUAAAGUACAAGUCGUGGUUUUGCAGCACAAGACAAUUCAAAUAAGUUUUAUUUUACAUAUUUCAGAACAUACAAAAGCUGGUGCUAUCGCAAACAAAGAAAAUGAGUCAACAGCUUAUUAACUCCAACGUUUGGGAAUCGGAUCCUGAAUUGUUUGCCAUUAUCAAGGAAGAAAAAAAACGGCAAGUUACAGGACUGGAGCUGAUUGCAUCCGAGAACUUCACGUCCUUACCGGUGUUGCAGUGUCUCAGCACAUGUUUACACAAUAAGUAUUCAGAAGGUUUACCAGGACAAAGGUAUUAUGGUGGAAAUCAGUUUAUCGAUAAGGUUGAACGUUUAGCGCAAAAACGGUCGUUGGAAGCGUAUAAGUUAAAUCCAGAAGAAUGGGGGGUAAAUGUUCAACCAUACUCUGGGUCGCCUGCAAAUUUUGCAGUUUACACUGGUCUUGUUGAGCCCCAUGGACGCAUUAUGGGUUUAGAUUUGCCUGAUGGUGGCCAUUUAACGCAUGGAUUCUUUACGGCAACAAAAAAAAUUUCUGCAACGUCAAUGUUCUUUGAGUCUAUGCCAUAUAAGGUGGAUCCGGUAUCCGGCUUAAUCGACUACGACGCCCUGGCCAAAACCGCUCGCCUCUUCAAGCCCAAACUCAUCAUCGCCGGCAUCAGCUGCUAUUCGAGACCCCUCGAUUACAAACGUUUCCGCGAAAUCUGCGACGACGUCGGCGCCUACCUCAUGUCCGACAUGGCCCACAUCUCCGGCUUGGUAGCAGCGGGAGUGACGCCGAGUCCUUUCGAAUACAGCGACAUCGUCACGACCACCACUCACAAGAGCUUGCGAGGACCUAGAGCUGGCGUUAUAUUCUUCAGAAAGGGCGUCCGUUCGUGCAACGCCAAGGGCGAAAAAAUCAUGUACGACCUGGAGAACAAGAUUAAUCAGGCGGUGUUCCCCGGCUUGCAGGGAGGUCCCCACAAUAACACGAUUGCCGCCAUCGCGACCACCAUGGAGCAGGCGAAAACUCCCGAGUUCGUAGAGUACCAAAAGCAAAUAAUCGCGAACGCGAGGAGGUUGGCGCAGGGUUUGGUAGAGAAAGGGUAUAAGAUAGCCACAGGGGGUACGGAUGUGCAUUUGUUGUUGAUGGAUCUGCGGAAUGUGGAGAUCACGGGAGCUAAGGCUGAGUAUAUUUUGGAGGAAGUGUCGAUAGCGUGUAAUAAGAAUACAGUGCCUGGGGAUAAGAGUGCCUUGAAUCCGUCGGGUAUUCGAUUAGGUACCCCGGCUUUGACUACCAGAGGAUUCGUCGAGAAAGACAUCGAUCGAGUCGUCGAGUUUAUCGAUAAAGCCCUGAAGUUGUCAAAAGAAGUUAGUGCCAAGUCAGGUCCCAAACUUGUUGAUUACAAAAAAGUUAUUGAAUGUGAUCCUGAAAUACAGAAAAAAGUUGAAGCUUUAAGGGACGAAGUCGCAGCCUUCGCGUGUCAGUUCCCUCUUCCAGGAUAUCCCGAAUAUUAAUAUUUACGUAUAUUAACAUUUUUAGGCGCAAAGGUUAUAUGUAUCCAUGAUACAAUUUUACAUGUAAAUUAUUUGUGAUCGAGAAAUUUAAAUACAAAAAAGUAUUUUUAUUAAUACAUGCGUUUUAUGAAACGCUUGCUAUCUUAAUUGUUGUUUCGUUCUGACAUUUUGUUUAUAUGCACUAAGAUAUUUAGUUAAACUAUAGAAAGAUAAGACUAAUUCACAUUGUUUGAGAUCACCGUAUAAAUAUACAGAAAAAUGUAUACCAUCCCAUUUAAAAAUUACGUAUGACGUCAUCCCAAAACAGGACAAAUUGAUUUGCAAGUUUCUGCACAGCAUAUUUUUUUACUUCGUUUUAAUCAUAAUUACACUGUCCGUAAUGAAACUCAAAAUAAAGUUUUUGGUUAUUUAAA